ACCUGGGAGGGACCGGCGCGCGUGCGCACUCUGCAGUUCUUGCUGGAGUCCGGAGCCGCCUGGAUCUGGUGUUAUUGUUGCGCGCCGCUUGUCUUCCCUUCCUGGGCCCGAAGGUCGCGGGCAGGGCCCUCUGUUCGGGCCGGUCAGCGCAACGCUUGAGUGGCCUGUCAGGGGAGCGGGCCGCGUGCGCGUGGAGGCCACUGUGGACCGGAGAGAGUAGGGCACGCAGCAUGGCAGAAAGCCGAGAGCCCCGCGGGGCCAUCGAGGCUGAGCUGGAUCCGGUGGAGUACACCCUUCGGAAGCGACUGCCUCACCGCCUGCCCCGGAGGCCCAAUGACAUUUAUGUCAACAUGAAGACUGACUUUAAGGCCCAGCUGGCCCGCUGCCAGAAGCUGCUGGAUGGAGGGGCACGAGGUCAGAACGCAUGCACUGAGAUCUACAUUCAUGGCUUGGGCCUAGCUAUCAACCGCGCAAUCAACAUUGCCCUACAGCUGCAGGCAGGCAGCUUCGGGUCCUUGCAGGUGGCUGCCAAUACCUCCACAGUGGAGCUUGUUGAUGAGCUGGAACCAGAAACCGAUACACGAGAACCGCUAACCCGCAUCCGCAACAACUCUGCUAUCCACAUCCGAGUCUUCAGGAUCACACCCAAGUAACUGAGAUGAGACUGGCUUAUUUUGUCCACCCGCCCACACACAGUUAGGCAGAGAUGUGACUCUCCUUGUACUGAGUACUGGCGUGGACCUCCUACCAGAGCCACGUAAGAAAAAGCCUGUUGCCUCAUAGCCCAAAGGACUGAAUUGAGAGGGGGAAUAUAUCUCUUAUUGGACCCAAGCAGCGGGUCUUCCUGAAUUUUUGUGGUCUGUAACCAUUGUCCUAGACAAUUAAAAGUAGCAAAUUGUGUUAGUGCCCAGCCAGCCCACUUCCACUGCCUCUCCCCUUUGUAAAGUCUGUGUAUAUCUGGAAAGGAGAGUAGUUCACUUGACAAGUAUUUAGGUGCAGGUAGGGAACCCAAAUGUUUCCUGCCUUCACAGAGGGUAGAUUGUACUAUGGACAGUGUAACAUAAAACAAACUUUAGUAUAAUGUAGAAGCCUGACAACCCAAUGUUUGCUUUAAAAUUUCUUGUCUUCUUAGAGGCAAGCCCAAUGGAUAAGGUGUAUACUCUCACCUGCUGAAUGCAGCUGGGAUAGUUGUAUGCUCAGAAGUCAGGUUCUGGUGGCAGUGCCCAAGCACAGAACCGGUUGAGGGUUUAAGGAUGAGGGAAACAAAGACUGGGGCCUCCUUUGUAUCAGGUUCUGUGGUAGGUACUGACACACAGCUUUAUUUGCUUCCUGGUCCUGUGGGGCCCCAAUUGUUCUAAGCAGCUGUGGUCCAGAUCCCUUCAGACCCUUCUGGCUGGGCUGCGCUAGUGGACAAGGAAGCCCCCCUCCGAAUUACUGUGCAUACAGAUAAUGUCUUUUUGGGGUAUUUGUAGAAGGAUCUGAUUUCUCAUGUUUAUCAAACUAAAGUUAUAUUUAUCAAAGUGGAUGUUAACCCAUUUGUGGGUCUUGAAAUCAAUUCAGCCUUUUAAAAAGCAAGUAAAAAAGAAAAAGUUCAACUUAAA